GACAUGAUCGAGGGAGACAGUACUGCGAAUCAGAAUCUGAAGGCCGCGAUGAUCACCGGUCUAAGGGGUCAAGAGCCUUGCUGAUCAAGAAUCUCUACUUGUCGUGCGAUCCCUAUAUGUGCAUCCUCAUGCGGAAGCUCCAUAACAUCGAAGUCUUCACUUCCUUCACCCCCGGCUCUCCAAUGACUGGGUUUGGAGUGGGCAAAGUUGUGGAAUCAGAGCACCCUGAAUUCAAGCAAGGCGAUCUAGUGUGGGGCACAACUUCCUGGGAAGAGCACAGCAUCAUAACUGACUUCCACGGCCUCUUCAAGAUCCACCACACCGAUGUCCCAAUCUCAUGAAUGCAGUGUAUGGCAGGGUCAGGAUCGAGGGAUUUGUGACCUUUGAUUACUAUGACCAGUACCAGAAGCUCCUUGACUUUGUGUUGCCCUCACAUUAGAGAAAGGAAUAUAGCAUACUUAGAAGACGUUGUCGAAGGUCGCGAGAACGGCCCAGUCGCGAUCUUGGGGCUUUUCAGUGGCCGUAAUGCCGGAAAGCAGGUCGUUGUGGUUGCUAGAGAUUAAUCAUCACACUCCAGCUACAAUAAUAUUAACUUUGAUAUGGCUGCAGUUGUGGCAUCUGAAUGGUAAAACGUAUCCUCCCUCUUUCUAUAUCACAUAGUACUCGAUAAUGAUGUCAAAGGACUAAUCAUCAGUCAUAACCAAUUAAUCGUAUACGUAUCUAGA